UUUUUCUAUAUAUAAAAUUUUAAACGAAGGAAGAAACUUUGUCGGAUUUCUAAACCGUUCAAUUUUCACUUUCACUUGACGGAAAUCAAUCGAAAUCCUUUCCAAAAAUCUCUCUCUCAUUCUCUUUCCAAUUUCAUUUUCGUUGUCCGCGAGAAGAAGUUAAAAAUGUAAAACAUGUGAACGCUCUGGGAUGUCCGAUGUUGAUGAUGGUGAUAAUAGUAGGACAGUGAUUAGUGGAGGUAGAUGGACUCGCACUUUGUAGCCAGCAUUCAGUUGCGCGACGUUCACUUGUAAAGUGUGGACCGCGAGUGAAACACGCGAAACUUAGUUUUGAUCGUAGCAAUCAUCUUCUGGUUUUUCUUUUCUUUCUUCUUUUGUUUUUGAAAGGAAGAAGCAAAAGUCGCGUCAAAACGACAGAUCGUGAAAUUUUCAACUUCUUCUUUGCACAGGAAUUCCAAUUAGCAUGGCUGUGACGAAAGAUGAAGGGGACAUCAUCCAGAGGUCGAUGGGAGUGUUCGGAAAAUGGCACUUCUGGGUCUGCAUUGUCAUCUUCCUCGUCAAAUUCCCGGUGGCCUGGCAUCAGCUGAACAUCGUCAUCGUAGCGCCCACCACGAACUUCGACUGUUCCAAUGAAACAAUCGACAAAUGCUCCUCCGAUUGUCCCAGUCAUGUUUUCGAUAGGAGGAUCUUCACCGAAACCAUAAUUACGCAAUGGGAUUUAGUCUGCGAAGAUGCUUACUUAACCAAUAUAGCGCAGACGAUGACGAUGCUGGGAAUCUUGGUCGGCAAUGUCCUCUUCGGAUUUUGGUCAGAUAGAGCUGGUCGUAGGAUGCCCAUGGUAAUAGCCGUGAUAAUCCAGGUUGUAACAGGAACUGCAUCUGCUUUCGUACCAUGGUUCUGGUUCUACUGCGUGCUGCGUUUCGUGGUAGCAGUAGCAACUGGUGGCACAAUGAUAACGAGUUUCGUGCUGGUCAUGGAAUUAGUUGGAACGAAGUGGAGGACAACCGUUGCGACUCUUUACCAGAUCCCAUUCAAUUUGGGUCAUCUUCUGCUCGCCGUCUUCGGCUACUGGAUUCGCGACUGGCGCUACUUCCAAUUGGCCAUAUCGAUUCCCUCCGUCGUCCUGAUCUCCUACUACUGGAUCCUGCCUGAAUCGCCGCGCUGGUUGCUAGCAGUCGGCAAGACGGAGAAAGCUAUCAAGAUCCUGGAGAAGGCCGCCUAUCAUAACAAACUCCCGACGGCAGGAAUCGAGGAAGACGUCAAAUCUUACGCGGAGAAGAAGAGAAAUGAACCGAAGGCCGGUGGUAACAUCGUCGAUCUGUUCAGGACGUCAAACAUGAGGAUCAAGACGUUAGCAAUCUGCUUCAACUGGGCCGUCACCGGUCUUUGCUUCUUCGGGGUGAGCCAGUACAUCGGGUUGCUGCAAGUCGGCGAUAUGUUCGUGAACAUCGCCAUCUCGGCGGCAAUCCAGGUGCCCGGCACUCUGAUCUCAAUCGUGGCUCUGGAGAAGCUGGGCAGAAAGAAAACGUUGAUACUCUCGAAUUUGCUCGGCGGUAUUCCCAUGCUCCUGAUACCCGCCUUCCCUGUGAAUCAUUUCGCUACACCUUACAUGGCCGUGGUUGGGAUGCUCGGAUUAUCAAUCGUUUUCCCAACGGUCUACAUCUACUCCGGCGAGCUCUUCCCGACGGUAGUCAGGAAUGUUGGCGUGGGAACGUCCUCGAUGUGCGCCAGGAUUGGUUCUAUCAUCGCCCCUUACAUAAGCACCCUGAACCUGUACACCGCCGCCUGGGUAUCACCCGUCAUCUUCGGCAUAUUGCCCAUUCUCUCCGCCGUCGUCAGCUUCUGGUUACCGGAAACCUUGAACUGCAAACUUCCGGACACCAUCGAGGAAGCGGAGUCAUUAACAAGGGAGAAGAAAGUGCCAGUCCAGAAGGAGACGGAAACGGAGACGAGUAAAUAACCAGCAAAAAGCAUCUGUGAUACUAGAUUAGAUACUCAAUCCCCACACUGUAAUUAUUAACGCUACUUCUGCAGCGAAAUCUACAAACAUUUAUGUAAUUAUUAAAUUAUUUUCACUCUGC